AUGCUCACUACUGCUCAGACGUGGCCGCAAACACCACUGACUCCCGCCACCCCGGCACGGCCAAAGGAUCCAAAUGCCCCUGACUACCGCUAUCAGCUCAACCAGAAAUGUAUCUACGAGCGACGCCUUCCGGGCGGCUCAUACAUUACCGCCCACGUUCAGCGCCUUCAAUCAGGAUAUUACGAUAGUCCGGUUAUCCACGAGGAUCUGAUUGACAACGUCCGCUUCGUCGCCAUCAACUUCGUCUUCCAUCCGACUAGCACCACGUUUCGCUUCAAGUCGGCCGAGAUAAGGAUUGCACUUCAUCACUCUCGAGACGACAAGUUGACUCCGCUCCAAGCGGUGACCGGGGCCGCUCAACGGCACUCGAGUCAUGACCAUGGCACCCAGACGAUGUCCAGCUCACUUGUAAAAGAGUCAAAUUCUCUGGCGCGACCGAGGCCGAAAACCUUGCCUCCAAAGUUUCUUCGUCACGCGCCUCAUCUACUGUAUGGAGCUAUAAGUCCGGAGACCCUAAACUGGAACUUCAAUCUGGCGGGCAGUCUAGGAGUAUCUCAAGGUCCGGCAAAUGCGGCGAUAAAGCCUUCUUAUGGUGUCAAAAGUAGCUACAAGAUCUAUGAAAUGAUGAAAAUCCAGGGUUCCGUGAGGACGCUGCGGUCCUGGUAUGAUCAUAAGUACGACAUCGAAGACGGAGAAAUGAUAUGGACCCUCGAAGAGAACAGGCUUCAGAAGUCCGGACUGCCACGAGAAUUUACCUUCGUCAUGUUACUCACCAAAGGUAGUGGAGGGUUUGAAGUGAGUGGCGACGUCAGACUCGAGAUCGAUAUACGACCUAAGGUGUCUGGAAGAUUGGGCACAAGUUAUCCAGAAUUCAUCACCAACUUGCACCAAUAUCAACCUCUACUCACAGGGGUGCUCGAUCUCGACCAAGAAAUUGGUCAAGUGUUUGAGCCGCAGAUCAAGGGAAAGGGAUUCAACUUUGCCAAUAUCGCAAACAGCUUCGAUGACUUUGUUUACCUCCCGGGCACAACUUAUUCGACUUCCGACAGUGGUGUGCUCCAAUCGCCAACGACCGCACCUACGCAGCAGCCGCAGCAGCAGCCGCUACCGCAAGCGUCUCAUGCGCAGCAGCAGAACGUGAAAAGCAAGCCAACUCUCCCUUCUGGCGAUACGACUCUCAAUCUGAGGGUCUUCCUCGAGUCGUCGAGGGGUUCACCUGUCCCAUUCACGAAUCAGACGCCGUCCUACAUUAAUCUCAAAGUCCCUACUCGAGGCCUUGGCCGAACCCCCUCACCACUGCCUCCUUCAAUGGGCGGUUCUAGCAAUUCGACCCGGCGCACAGUAACGAUAUCUUCAAGGAGAUCCGUACGUAAACAACGCUCUCGGUCAGAGCUUUCCAAGGAGUACAGCUCCCCUUUGAACGAUUCGAGACCACAGAGAGAGAUGAGCCAUAACUCUACUAUAGUAAGAGAUAGGACUGGCCCGGCUCAACCACGACCAUUUUCGUACCAAGAAGCACUUCAUGAUCAAGAUGAUGGCUUUCAGCCCUCUGCUCAACAAGAACCGCAGCAGACAUCGCAAUCGGACCCAUACCAGGAUUCCAGUCCGGAAUACAAGACGCCGCCGUUGCAGGCUAGUCAGCCUAUCAGGCAACCUUUCCAAGGUCAAUAAGGGCCGGUGAUGGUCAAUAGAGGGCACUAUGCAUUUCAGCUACUGGCCGAACGAAUGCCCCUCAUAUUUCCAGCCAAAUGACCGUCCUGCGGCAGACAAGGAUGAUCAUGUCUCCGAAGGACAUGGUGCAUUGCUCCGUCUCUCUACAACUGUCUGGUUAGACAAGUAUCAGCAUCAUCAGCCAAAUCAGUGGCUUCAACCUCCCGAAGAAAAGCUUCUG